GAAUAUUAAACAUUGGGCGGGCACUCCUCCUUCAAGCCCUUUUCCUUUCCCCAAAGUCUCCAAAACCAAAACCUUUUGAUUUGCUAGAAAACCCUCUUCUCUCUCUGCCUUAAACAUGAAGAAACUGGUGCCCUCUCCUUCGAUUUCUCCCCUUGUUUCCUGCUUCAUUCACCAUCUCCUCCUCUACCUUCAAACCCUUCCUUGAGACACCAACAACCUUGAUUUCCAUCUUCCUUCACCUCUAGUGUUUCUUUUUUUCUUUUAUGGGGGCUGCUGUAUCUGGUCUUUCAGCUGCAGAUUCUCAAUUCAAGACUGGUCUUAACGAUGUGCCUGAAGGUUGUAUAUCGUCCAUAUAUAUGUACUUGGAUCCGCCGGAGAUUUGCAAAUUGGCGAGGCUGAACAGGGCUUUCCGUCGAGCUUCUUUGGCCGAUUUCGUGUGGGAAACGAAGCUGCCGUCGAAUCACGGGCACCUGGUGAAGAAAGUGAUCGGUCAAACUCCCGACACUUUGUGCAAGAAAGAGACUUUCGCUAGACUGUGCAGACCUAAUCGUUUUGAUGGUGGCUCCAAGGAAGUGUGGUUGGAUAAACAGAGCGGUAAGCUUUGCUUGUCGGUAUCUGCCAAGGCGCUGAAAAUAACAGGGAUCGAUGACCGGAGAUACUGGAAUCAUAUUCCGACAGAAGAAUCCAGAUUUGAGACCGUGGCGUAUCUCCAACAAAUAUGGUGGUUUGAAGUGGUUGGAGAAUUAGAGUUCGAGUUUCCACCCGGAUCAUAUAGUUUAUUUUUCAGGUUGCACCUAGGUAAACCCUCGAGAAGAUUCGGUCGACGGAUAUGCAACAUCGACCAAGUUCAUGGGUGGAACAUGAAGCCUGUUCGGUUCCAACUCUCGACAUCAACGGGCCAAGAAGCCUCGUCGGAGUGUUACUUGUAUGAACCCGGGAAAUGGAUUUAUUAUCAUGUGGGCGAUUUUGUCGUCACCGAGGACUCGAAUUCCACGACUAAAAUCAAGUUCUCGAUGUUGCAGAUAGAUUGUACACACACAAAAGGAGGUCUCUGUGUGGAUUCUGUGUUGAUAUGCCCCAAUGAGUUUAAACAGAUGAGAUUUAAGUAAUUAAAUCAUAUGAUACUAAUUAUAUCAAAACUGAUGUUUUUUUUUCUUUUCACGA